AUGGGGGAAACGGGGGAGUCCGCAAGGCCGCGCGUGCUGGUGGUGGGGCCGCAGCUGCCGCGCCUGGUAUCCGAUCUUGAGCAAUUCGCGACGCUCGUGCACCUCCCGACGGGCGACAAGGCAGCGUGGGGCCCGCUGCUGGACGCGCACGCGGGGGAGAUCCGCGCGGCUGUGACCAACAGCUUCUGGGGCUUCCCCGCGGAGCUCUUCGAGCGGCUUCCGCGGCUGGAGAUUAUCACCAACUUCGGCGUGGGCGUGGAUUCCAUAGACGUGGCGAAGGCCAAGGAGAAGGGCAUCCACGUCACCAACACGCCAGACGUGCUCACGGAUGACGUGGCAGACCUGGCCCUCGGGCUGAUGCUGACUGUAUCGCGGCGGCUGGUGGAGGGAGAUCGAUACGUGCGCGAGGGGGAGUGGGUCAAGAAGGGCAUGAUGCACCUGACGCACAAGGUGUUAGGCAAGCGAGUGGGCAUCAUAGGCAAGCGAGUGGGCAUCAUAGGUCUGGGUCGCAUCGGCCUGGCCAUAGCCCAGCGCGCAGCCGCCUUCAACUGCCCCAUUGCCUACUACAGCCGCCGCCAGCGCUCCGACAUCCCCUCCUCCUACUCCUACCACUCCUCCCCCACCGCCCUCGCCGCCUCCUCGGAUUUCCUUGUUGUGGCCUGCCCUCUCACCCCGGAAACCACGCACAUUGUAGACGCAUCCGUGCUGGAGGCUCUCGGCCCUUCAGGGGUGCUGAUUAACAUCGCCCGGGGGAAGAAUGUGGAUGAGCCGGCGCUUGUGGCGGCGUUAAAGGAAGGGAAGGUGGGGGGAGCGGGGCUGGAUGUUUUUGAAGAUGAGCCGAAUGUGCCUGCGGAGCUGCUGGAAAUGGAUAAUGUGGUGGUGCAGCCGCACGUGGGCAGUGGCACGUUUGAGACGCGUGGCGUGAUGGCUGAUGUGGUGCUGGAGAAUCUCAAGGCGCAUCUUGCAGGGGAGGCGCUCAAGACGCCUGUGUAG